UCUGGAUUGCAAGCUAGGUCCACACAACUAUUCUGAAGACGCGACUCACCCCAAUUUAACAUCACUUCUGAGAGUCAACGCUGUGAUUCAACAGUCUCCACUUCUGGGUCUGAAAUAGCUGAAGCUAAUGGAGUUCUACCAGUACGUCUUUGAGGCGAUGAGGAUGAUUAUUGUGAUUAGUGCGGUAACGGUGCAAUGGUUCGGUGUCAUAGCCAGUCUUAAGUGGAUAUGGAAGAAUUGGUUCAUUAUUGUGGUGAUUGUGACAUGGAACGUAAUAGCCACUCUUGGGUGGAUAUGGAAGCAUAGGUUCAGUUACAUGGUGGAAACCCCAGAGCCAAUAGCAGAGGGUAAUCAAGAACCGGUUGACGUCGAUGCCUCUACAUCAUCAGCUCCUAGGUGGAAGCACGAUGUGUUUUUGAGUUUCAGGGGUGUAGACGCUCGCAAAGGUAUUGCAUCCGAAAUAUACUAUCGACUGCAAACCAGGAAAGGAAUUAAAAUUUUCAUGGAUGACCCGGACCUUCAAGUAGGGAAUGUUAUUUCUCCCACUCUCCUAACAGCAAUUAAAGAAUCAAGGUUUGCAAUUAUUGUUCUCUCUCCAAACUAUGCCUCUUCCACUUGGUGUUUGGAGGAACUUAGAUACAUUUGUGAAUGCAUGAAAGAAGACGAGGACAGAAUUCUGCCACUUUUUUAUUAUGUGAAUCCUACUGAUGUACGAUAUCAGAAGAGCAGUUUCGGUGAUGCUUUCACUAAGCAUGAAAAUUCUGGGCGAUACGGAUUAGAGGAGAUGCGGCAGUGGAGAGCUGCUUUAAACAAAGUGGCAAAUUUCUCUGGAUGGGACACAAAGAAUUAUAAAACUGAAAGAGCACUUUUGGAUGCCGUUGAGGAAACUGUGUGUGAUAAAUUACGAGCUACUGAACUUGAGCUUAAAAUGUCCAUUGGAGGUUUUGAAGUAUUUGAAGCAACAAAACAAGCCAUUGAUCAGGUCAUGAAUGCGCUGAAAGAUAAUGAGGCCACUACCAUUGGAGUCUACGGAAUGGGGGGCGUCGGGAAGACGACAAUGGUGAAUUAUGUCGGUGUACAAGCCCAAGAAAAUAGGCUUUUUGAUAAAGUGAUUUUGGCUGUCGUAUCCCAAAACCCCGACUUGAUGAAAAUUCAACAGACAUUUGCAGAAAUGCUGGGCUUUGAACUCAAGGAGAAGACAGAAAUUGUAAGAGCCCGUGAAUUGAAGAAGAAAAUAAUGAGAGGAACAAGGAUCCUCAUAAUCUUGGAUGACAUUUGGAAGAGAAUAGAGUUUUCAGACAUUGGAAUUCCGAGCCACAACGAUCUUCAAAGAUGCAAUUCCAAAGUUCUACUGACCACCAGAAAAUUGGAUGUUUGCCGUUCCAUGGAUUGCCAUGCAAACAUACGUCUCAAUAUCUUAUCAGAAAAAGAUUCUCGGAGCUUAUUUGUGAAGGAAGCAAGGAAGUACCCUCUUGACAAAUCAUCCAAUUUCUAUGAUGUAGCGAGUGAGGUGGCUAGAGAAUGCGCUGGUCUUCCUAUUGCUUUGAUAGCAGUUGCGAGGGCCCUUCGAGGUGAAGGUUUGGACAGAUGGAAAGAAGCUGCUCGACGGCUGAAAGCGUCUCAACCCCCCGUCCUUGAAGCUGAGGAAGAUGUGUUCAAAUGCAUAAAGUUAAGCUAUGAUUACUUGAAAUCUGAUGUUUCGAAAUCAUGCUUCUUGCUUUGCUGCCUGUUCCCUGAAGAUUAUGAUAUCCCAAUUGAAUACUUGCUCAAUUAUGGAAUUGGGAAAGGAAUGUUUCAAGAUUCUGACAUGCUAGACGCCCGCGCCACAACAAAUUCAGCGGUGAAGGCCCUUAAAGACUCUAGCUUGCUUUUGGACUCUAGACAUGACGUAUGUGUAAGGAUGCAUGAUGUCAUUCGGGAUAUGGCAAUAUUGAUAUCAUUAUCUGAAGACGGCCCGCGGUUCUUGGUGAAAGUUGGCUGUGAAUUGAAGAAUUGGCCGAGGAUUGAUGCACGUAAGGGCUACUCUGCAAUCUCACUAAUGAAGAACAAAAUUUGCAAGCUACCCGAAGAGUUGGUAUGUUCAAGUCUCCAGAUUUUAUUACUGCAAGACAAUGCUUCAUUAAAUGAUAUCCCUAACUCUUUCUUCCAAAAUCAGAAAGAAUUAAGAGUCUUGGAUCUUAGCCGCACUGGUAUUUCAUUACUACCCCAAUCAAUCAGUUUCCUAACCAACCUUCAAGCUUUGUAUUUAGAUUACUGCAAGAACAUAAUUGACAUUUCUGUAAUCGGAAAACUUAACAAGCUUGAGAUUCUUAGUAUGAGAGGAAAUGCUCUGAAAGAAUUGCCAAGAGAAAUAGGACAGUUGACCAGUCUAAGGAUGCUAGAUAUCACUAGAGCUGAUAGAUUCCUUUUCACAUCCACGAAUGGAUGUAUUGGCACAAUUCCAUCUAAAGUGAUAUCAAAGUUGCAUAAAUUAGAAGAACUGUACAUGCAAUGUGGAUUUUGGGAGUGGGGGAGUAAAAUUGAUGGAGAAGGAGAAGAAACUAAUAUUGGCUUUGAUGAAUUAGUUGGUUUAUCAUAUUUAAGCAUUUUGAAAGUUUGGAUGUCAGAUGCAAAUUGCAUCCCUAUAAGUGUUGAGGUCGAACCGAAUUGGGUUUACUUUGAUAUUACUAUUUGCAGCAACAGUUAUUUCACUUCGAACAGUCAAUCUGGUCAUAAUUGUAGAUCGUUGAGUUUUAAUGGAACUGACACUACCAUAGGAAUCUGUCCGGACUGGUUUGUCAACGCUGUGGUAAAGAAUACUGAGAGGCUACUUUAUAGUUACUGCAAAGGGUUAAGUAACAUUCUUGUGGAAUAUGACCGUGGAAGGUUACAUGGAUUGAAAGUUCUCUCUGUAAUUGGUUGCCAUGAGAACUUGAAAGAAUUGAUGAAUGCAAUAACAUGUGUUCUAGAUAUGCCUGUGUUUGAGAAUUUGGAAGAGUUGUAUCUGGAAUACCUGGAUUACUUGAAGCAGUUAUGUGUUGGUGAGUUACCACCAGGAUCUCUCUGCAGUCUGAAAUUAUUGAAGGUCCUUAAGUGUCCUAUCUUGGGGAAUGUACUGUUGCCAUCUAAAUUGUUGCAGCAACUACCAAAUCUGGAAAAACUAAUCUGUGAGUCAAGUGAAGUGGAACAUGUGUUUGGAUGUGAAGGUUUUGAGCCAGAUCAAACAAAUCUGAGAGAGAUGGAUUUACGGUAUCUAGAUGUCGUAACAAGCAUAUGUAAUGGUCCUGCUCCACAUGGAAUGUUCCAGGCUCUAAAGAAAUUGGUCAUUCGUAAUUGCAACUUCCAGGGAAGCCUCUUCACAUUUGAUGUAGCUCAGUGUCUUUUUCAAUUGGAAGACCUUAUUGUAUCCGAAUGCCCUGUCUUGGAAAGAGUAAUUGAAGAAAGUAGGGAAACAUUGAACAACAAGAAGACCAUUCUUCCAAAAUUGAAGAACCUAGCUUUGGAAGAUCUUCCAAUGUUGUACAAGGGAAGUGCUACUAUUGAUUUUGAGUGUCCUUCAUUGGAAAAACUGAGUCUGUUUGGCUGCCCCCACUUGUCAUUUCCAUCCUCUGCUUCUGACUACUUCCACAGCAGGAACCAAGUCGUUUUCAAUGAUGCUCCUCGUCAUUCUCUGCUACUCAGCAAACUAGGGUAUAAGGGAUUCAAAAUAUCAAGUUGGUAGGGGAAUCAAAAUAUCAAGAUGGCUCAUGUAAUUGAAAGUAUUGAAGGGGUGUAGAUGGAGUCUCAUGGGAAGUCACUGAAGAGUCAUUGCUGGGAAGGUGGAGUCUAGGUUGUGCUCUCAGUGGAGGGUUACCCCCGCUCCCAAUGAGUUCGAUUCAUUGGCUCAUAAAAGGUGGCUCUAUCAGAAGGGAAUGGAUUCUUUCUUGAAAGUGACUCUGAUAUUGGAGCAUUCCCCCAAAAGAAUGGAAUGGGCCAUCUCAAAUUGAAAGGCAUUCUUACAACUAAAUCUAAAUCUGGGUUACCAUCAGUUGUACCCUAAUUGCUUUUGCUUCUGUGAGCAUCACCACUUGUGCUCUAUAUUCUGGGAACUCCUCGUAGUUCCACUUUCUACUGUGUUUGGAUCGUAACGCUGCUGAAUGCGAAAAGAAGCAAAAGGAAUGCUGAGGAUAAUGCAAAUUUUUGAAGUAAAGGCUUCAACCCAAAGACUUUGCAUGAAGAAAAACAGUAAGAGAGUAACGUCUGUUGCUUCACAGAAAGACUGCAAGGGUGGGAGAGGUAGAAAGUGAGGGGCUUCUUUGCUUCGCACGAAGAGAGAUAAAGAGAGAGAGGGGGAACGAGUUCUGGUUGGAAUUCAAAUAGGGAACCGAAGCUUCCAGUAUCAACAACUCUCGAGCCAAUCACUCGGGAUUUGUCCUCAGCCAUCCGAAUUUCUGGUCAGCUCUGUGAUUCCCAAGCUAAUUGAGUGUAUGGAGAUUCCUACUGCAACUGCCUCAACUAACUGGAACUCUUUGCUUCGUCUACGGCUAGGGAUUUCAUCGUUCUUGAACUUCGGGCGAAGCCCCUGCGCCACAGAAGCCGAAGAAAGAACCUACCGAUGACGAAAAGACAAGGAUGAAAAUAGUGGCCGGAAGCUUGAUGAAAGUAGUGAUCAGACCUGGUGGAGGUGAUUCAACACCUUAAGGUGGUGAUCAGGUUGGGCUUACAUUACGCUUUAUGAAGCCAGUAUAGCAAUUGAACUGUGUAUAAAAGCAAAUGCUGGAAGCUAGAGUGCUGUGCGUUUAGUAAUGGGGAAUAUAUAAAAGCUGGUUUGAUUGAACUGGAGCAUUGGAGCUAUAAAGCAACAGAUGAGUAUGCAGGUUCAGCUUGGGAUGAACUCAAGCAUACUUGGCAAGCCAUUGGAUUCCUGGUAACAUGGAAAACCCAAAAAGACACUUGAAGAAAUAAGCCAUGAGCUGUGCCCAAUAGGGUAAAAUCUACGUGAUUGCUGCCAAGAAGUCUUCAGCGAAGGUGGUGAGUACGAAUAGAACAAAAUUCAGCGGCUUCAACGCAUUCUUGAAAAGCACUACAAAAUGGUUGAAAUGAAACUUCAAGCUCAACAAAAGGAAAGUAUUCUGUUAUGUUGAUGAACUGGCGCAGAGCCAGAACAGGAGGAGGUGUCCAAGCUGCAUGUUCCAUGGCAAAAAAUUGGUUGGUUGCUCCUGCAUGAAGUGCAGGCGAGGAUAUGCAUUCUGUUACAAUUGUGAGAGUACAAGUUGUCACUUGUACAGCUACCUGUGGAAGCUGUCAUAAGUAAUGCUAUUUGGCUUGCUUUUCAAGAUUGCAUUGCAAAUCUUUUACGAGAUGCACAGAUAGUCAGCUGAAGUAUGAAAUAUAUUACGAAUACAAUCCGGGAAGUAAAGAAACCUGCAGGAUCGCGCGGGCUUAUGCACUGGUCCCAGACUAGAAAGUCGUCACAUUUGCUUUCAUGUUGUUCUCCACUCAUAAAAGAGACUGCUGGUCCCAUCUACUCUCACUUUGUUCUCCACCCAGAACUCUGUUCACUCGUAAUCCAUGGUUAUUGCCUCUAUGAAUUUCCUCAUUGAAGUUGGCGUCAAUAUAUAAUUCAAGCCACCAUUAUCAAGAGUAUGGAAGUUCCAGAUUCAGUAGAUUGAUUGAAGCUUGAAUGAGAUGAGUUUUAUGGUGUUAUUUUUAGGGUGGCUGGCUAAUUCCGGAUUAAAUUCUUGUAUGAAAUCUGGAAAUAUCAGGACAUUCUUAUUGCUUGUGUGUGUGAAAUCUUUUGAGAUGUACCUGAUCACAAAAUUGAAGUGUUUAAAUGAAACGUUAACAAAGUAUCGAUAUUUA